AUGAAACCCUCCACCACUUCAUCCAAAGGCCAUAUGAUCAACAUCAACGCCAGCAGCAAUGACCCAGAUCAGUCAAACAAGUCCUUACUUCACAAAUCACCAAAGCCCUCCGACGACCUAUCUAACUUCCAGGUCAGCCUCAAAUGGUGGGCACUCAACUACUCCCACUCCACGUCCCUCGGAAAGUUCAUCUCCUACUUCAUCUUCAUCCUCCUGACCAUCGUCGUCCCAAUCCUAACUUCUGUCACACUAAAGCAAUCAACCAAGGAUCCCAUCUCUUACAGCAAACUAGUCCAGCUCCCCGAAUCCGGGUUAGCUGCCAUUGCCUUCUUCACACUCUCCGCCUUCUUUCGGAAUUACGGCCUCCGGCAGCUUCUCUUCCUCGACGGCCUUGAAGAGGAUACUUCCUCUGUCCGGAAGGGAUACACCCGCGAGGUCGAUAAAGCGUUCAAAUGCUUGGCAUACAUACUCUUGCCUUCGUUCUUCAUCGAGCUUGCUCACAAGAUUUGUUUCUUCACCACCGUGAAAGUUUCAUUGCCGUAUAUGAGUCCCAGUGUCACGUUGAAUUUCAUUGUGUUUGUUUUGGUUGUGGCUUCCUGGGUUUAUCGGACUGGGGUGUUCUUGCUGGUUUGUAUUCUUUUCCGGUUGACAUGUGAGCUCCAAAUUCUCCGGUUCGAAGGGUUGCAUAAAUUCUUCGAAGGGUGUCACUCCAACUCUAGAGUCAUUUUUCAGGAACAUGUGAGGAUAAGAAAGCAAUUGUGGAUUACGAGCCACAGGUACAGAUUCUUUAUCAUUGGAUGCUGGUUUACCACUACAGUGAGCCAAUUUGCAGCCUUGAUGAUGGUUUUGGCAUCCAAGGCAGAGAAGACUUUUCUUAACUCCGGCGACCUUGUGGUUUGCUCGGCUGUUGAGCUAAGUGGAAUGUUUUUGUGCUUAAUGGAGGCAGCAAGAAUGACACAUAGAGCUCAAGGAAUCGUUGCAAUUGCUACAAGAUGGCACAUGCUUUUAACUUCAUCUGCUGCUAGGAUGAAUUCCAACAAGGAGGGGAAAGACCAGAGCCCGGAAGCUAAUGGAGGCUGUAACGGAGAGAAUGAAAACGAUUCAUCGGGCAUUUCCACUUCUAUUUCCCCAGAUGAACCGUCCUCGUUCCAAACCAGGCAAGCAUUAGUGUCAUACUUGGGACACAACCAUGGAGGGAUCACGCUGUUCGGAUUUGCACUUGAUAGAGGAAUGCUUCACAUAAUAUUUGCCUUUGAGUUCUCUCUAGUGCUGUGGGUACUAAGUAAAGUAGUGGUUUUGUCUUAACAUGCUGCUAAACAAC